UCUGUGCUCAAGUCGACCUUGCUCAUUCAUUCACUUGUCUGGAUAUCUUGGUGCUUUCUUGAACUGUCGAUCUUUUUUCGCCCAAGAUGCCUUCUAUCAAACCAACUCUCCACCCAUUGCAGACCCCCCGGACUAUGGUCUUUCCAUCCGAGCUCCAGGAAGACUCAGGAUCUUCCAGCCUUUCAGCAGGCAACGGAAGGGGGGAUGAACCACUCUCGACACCUAUCACACCUCCCGCGGCCUACACAGAGUUUCUCAAGAAGUUUCAGCCGAUCUUAUCCCCCAUCACGGGGGAGCCUGACUUUUCCAAGAUCCACACCCUGAGGGAAGGCCGCUCCACCACAUCAAAUUCUCCAACGUCCCAGCCCGCAUCACGCCCAACCAGUGCAGUCAGCGGCACCUUCAGCUUCAAUGGUGAAUCGUCUAGAUCCGCCGCCGCUUCACUGCCACCACCCACCCCGUACACAGCACCUCCAGUGCGAAGAGACCCGAGGAGCCUGCGGGCUUUACGUAUCCCGCCGCCUCCCAGGUAUUCACCGAUUACUGAGGCUCCCAGGAGUGCACACACCCUCUAUUCACCUUACUCUGCGUCUCCGUCGGACUGGAGAAUGCGUUAUUGGGACGGUCCGCACAGCGCCCUUCCCAGUGGCAGAUUCAGCGUGCGGCAUGUCAUUACUCAUACCAUCACCUUCAAACGAACACAGCUCGAGGACCCUCCGAAGGGAAAGCGGAGAAAGCGUGAGGACUCUAAUGAGCCUUAGAAAUUCUAAUGUCCGGUCUCAUGAAAGUUUAUUUUGGAAACGGUCAGGUGCACUAGCGCAGGCUUUCGGCGUUUGGUGUUGAGGAAGCUGCUUUUACUUAGGCUUAGCGAUGAUUAAUUUGAUUUCCUUGAUCUUUUUGCAAUGCGGGGUCUUCUCUACUAUGUCCUUAGAAAAUCGACAUGUUGCCCUGGUGGCUG